AAGCGUUGAUUCAAUUUUAAUGAAAAGCUUUUUGUUUGUUGAUUAGCUAAUUGUUGCUACCUGUUUAUUUAUUGAUUUAUUUUUAUUCUUAAUGAUUAGUGAUCAUUUAGUUAACAGGUUGUUGUUCAUCUUUAGGUUUAAAACAUGAGUGGUUUUGGUGGGUUUGGAACUACUCCUUCUACCUCAUUGUUUGGUAGUCCAUCUACACAACCAACAUUUGGUGGUUUCGGUCAAACAUCAAAUCUAAUCCAAAAUCAUAAUCCCAUGAAAGAUUUUGAGGUUGGAAAUGCCCCAGACGAUUCUAUUGCUGCCCUUGCUUUUAGUCCACCUGCUUUACCCGUUAACUAUUUGAUUGCCGGUAGUUGGGAUAAUCAGAUUCGUUGUUGGGAGAUAAAUCAAUUAAACCAAUCAACUUGGCAAUCAGUUCCAAAAGCACAACAAUCACACCAAGGUCCAGUUCUAGAUGUUGCCUGGAGUGAUGAUGGUACUAAAGUUUUCUCAGCCUCUUGCGAUAAAACUGUCCGAAUGUGGGAUCUCAAUAGUAAUCAACAAAUGCAAAUUGCUCAACACGAUGAUGCAGUUAAAACUGUCCAUUGGAUUAAAGCUCCUAAUUAUCAGUGUAUCAUGACUGGAAGUUGGGAUAAAACGUUAAAGUUCUGGGAUACUCGAUCUUCUAACCCAAUGUUAGUCCUUCCUCUUACUGAGAGAGUCUAUUGUGCCGAUGUAUUUUAUCCAAUGGCCGUUGUAGGAAUGGCCGGACGUGGUUUAAUUGUCUACCAAUUGGAAAAUCAACCUUCCGAGUUUAGAAAAAUUGAAUCACCACUUAAAUAUCAGAAUCGUUGUCUAUCUAUUUUCUUGGACAAAAAACAAGCACCUUCAGGCUUUGCAUUGGGAAGUGUUGAAGGCCGAGUCGCCAUACAAUAUGUGACACCAACUAAUCCAAAAGAUAAUUUUACCUUUAAAUGUCACCGAUCUAAUGGAGUUAAUAAUGGUUAUCAAGAUAUUUUCGCAGUAAAUGACAUUGCAUUCCACCCACAACAUGGCACCCUUGCGACUGUUGGUUCUGAUGGUAAAUUCUCAUUCUGGGAUAAAGAUGCUCGAACUAAAUUAAAGACCUCCGAACAAUUAGAACAACCAAUCACUCGGUGUUGUUUUAGUGCCAAAGGAGAGUUAUUUGCCUAUGCGGUCAGUUACGACUGGUCUAAAGGCCAUGAGUUUUACAGUCCACAGAAAAAGAACAACAUUUUUCUGCAUCCAUGUUUCGAAGAGCUGAAACCAAGAAGCAAGACCUAAAUUUUUAAAACGGAUCCAUUUUCUUUCUAUCUCUUUCUCUUUCUCUUUCUCUCUCUCUCUCUCACUCUUUCUUUUCUUCUCAUCUCCUCAUAAAUCCAAUACCAAAUAUGAGAAAAAGUCAAAUGUAUCACAGCUAAUGAGCUCUGUUAAUUUUUUAAACCUGAAAACAAUUAAAACACAGCCAUUCAUUAAGUGAAAAA